AUGGCUACGCCGCCUGUCCGACAGUGGGGGGUCACACCCCCGAUCUCGACCGUCCUGCCGACUAAAGAUGAGAUUGCGGCAAACGACGAUCUUAUUGCCGAACUCAAGGCUCAAAACAACUUUGAGCAACCGACUGAAACAGAGCGAAGGCAACAAGUCUUGCAGCUGCUCCAGCGCGUCACAGUUGAAUUUGUUCAAAACGUGAGUCGCAAGAAGGGAAUGUCUGCGGCUGCGGUUGAAGCUUCUGGUGGUAAAAUUUUCACAUAUGGAAGUUACAGACUUGGUGUUUAUGGACCUGGAUCCGAUAUCGAUACCUUGGUCGUUGCACCAAAGCAUGUUCUGAUUGAUGAUUUCUUUUCCGACUUCCCUAUAAUUCUGGAAAGAAUGGCUUCGGAAGGAGCAAUUGAAAAAAUGACACCUGUGCCCGACGCGUUCGUUCCAAUUAUCAAGCUUGAACUGUGUGGAAUCAGUAUCGAUCUGAUCUUUGCUCGCCUUGUUAUUCCUGCAAUCCCGAUGAAUCUGGAUUUGAAAAACAAUGAUUAUCUCAGAGGAUUGGAUGAACGAGAGGUGCGGUCGCUGAAUGGAACUCGUGUUACAGAUGAAAUAUUGGAGCUUGUUCCCCAGCAAAAGACGUUCCGUCUCGCGUUGCGUGCAAUCAAGCUUUGGGCUCAGCGACGAGCAAUAUACUCAAAUAUUGUUGGUUUCCCAGGUGGUGUUGCAUGGGCGAUGCUGGUGGCUCGGGUCUGUCAGUUGUAUCCGCAAGCAACUGGCUCUGUCAUCGUGGGAAAGUUCUUCAGGAUCAUGAACAAGUGGAACUGGCCCCAGCCUGUUUUACUGAAACAGAUCGAAGACGGUCCCCUCCAAAUGAAAGUGUGGAAUCCAAAGAUUUACCAUGGCGAUCGAUUCCACCUCAUGCCCAUCAUCACCCCUGCAUACCCAUCGAUGUGUGCGACUCACAACAUAAGUCUGUCCACCAAGGCUGUUAUUCUUCGGGAACUACAACGCGGAGGUGACAUGGUAGACAAGAUCUUCUUGAAGCAGCUGUCGUGGGAGGACCUGUUUGCUCGGCACACAUUCUUCACAAACGACUACAAAUACUACCUCAGUAUCACCGCCUCUAGCAAAACCAAGGAGGCUGAGGGUGUUUGGUCGGGUCUUGUCGAGUCCAAGCUCCGUCAUCUCGUCGGCGCACUGGACCGCAAAGCAAUUGUUGCAAUCGCCCAUCCUUUCCCGAAGGGAUUUGAACGAACUCAUUUUGUCACCAAUGAACAAGAAAUGGAAGCAGUCAAGAAUGGUUCUACCCAGCAUGUGGCUAAAGGCACAAAAACUGAGAUGACCGAUGAAACCAAAGAUGCCGCCCACCAAGCUGCAAUUCAGAACACUCUUGAAAAUGCGGAGGUUCCGGAGCCGGCUCAGACCAAGAUUGUUGAAAAUGACGGUCUGACCGUCUAUACAACAACGUAUUACAUCGGCCUAGAGUUGAAACCCUUGGAGCCAGGUCAAUCGCGAUCUCUGGAUAUCUCGACCGACUCGCAGAUCUUCAAGUCGACAUGUACGUCAUGGACAGGGUUCCAGGAAGACGUCAUGGAAUUAGCUGUAACCCACGUUCGCAAUUUCGAUUUGCCGGAGGAUGUCUUCCAACCUGGUGAGAGCAGACCAUCUCGGCCCAAGAAGAAGGUUGUCAAGAGAUCAGAAACGGCUGGCCAGAAACGCAGCAUCGGCGAGUUGGACGGUUCAACCGAAGGAGCUGCGAAACGCCAAGUGACCUCUGCUACCCCCGCCUGA